AUGGCGGGUUCUGUGCGCAGAUUCUCCAUAAGUUCGUCACCUCCGGGGAGCCACCCGGCUUCGCAGCCGCCAGGGCUACCGCAGGUGUUAUCGCAGCUUGCUGGAAGUUGCUCCGACCGUGUAGACCGGUUCUUAGACUGGGAGCCCUGGGGGCUCGGGCUUGUAGCCUCCCCUUGCGGACGGGCUAGGCAGAGCGAAGGCCAAAUGGACGACAGCCCUGACCCGCCGAGGAGCCGUAACGGCUUGGGAUUCCGAAGGCUUGGCGGGAGAGAACGACAGCCAUUCGAGGGGGCUGGAAAUGGAUUCGAGAGAGGGGGAAAGGGUUGGGUUCCCAAGGCUGUCGAGUGGGAGGUCGUCAAGACGGCAUUCCAACAGGUCGGCAAACGGGGGCUGCCAGGCCUCUUUGUCAAGUGUGACGUCGUUAGGAAAGAAUGGCGCCAAAGGCCCUUCAACAAGCGGACCGCUCUCAAGGCUGCCGAGCGGGAAUUCGGCAAAUUGCCGUUCCGGCGGGUCGGCAGGCAGAGGCCGCCAGACCUUGAGGGGAAGGGGAGCCAAAGAUUCUCCAAGAAACAGGCGGUUCAAGUUUGA